AUGAAGGAACUCUCCUUUGACACCUUGCUACUGUCUUUUGCACAUUUAUGUUUAUUCUGUAGUUUUCUGGACGGAGCUCGCGCUCAGGAGGCAGCUGGUGAUGAUGAUGCGCUCCGGCGGGGGUUGACAUGGCAACAUAACGGGCAGGUUUUCAGCAUCCUCAGCCGCGGCUCUCAGUACCGGCCAUCCAGCAGGAGGCAGACCGGGUCCACAAGCCCCGACAGCACCGUGGUCGUCCUCAGCAGCGCUAAUGACACGGUCUCUCCCGCGUCCCGGGGAUCCCCGCGCGUCCCCGCAGCCAGCAGCGCUGCGCAAUUACGCGCCAUGAGGCGUCAGCAGCAACCGCCACAGACGCCACCGGCCGACAGCGACAGCGGCAGAGACGCUGCCCCGGUCAGAAGGGAGGACAUGAUGGUUGGAGACGAUCCGUACAACCCGUACAAGGUUUCAAACUAUUACCCGUAUUAUAACUACUACAACUCGUACUACAGACCAAGACCACGAACUCAGCCCCGGCACGGAUACGGCACCAGCUACCACCAGAACGGUCUUCCUGAUCUGGUUCCUGAUCCAUAUUACAUCCAGAUCGGCACCUACGUCCAGAGACUUCCCAUGUACAACCUGCGUUGUGCUGCUGAGGAGAACUGCCUCGCCUCUUCUGCUACUUACACUCAGGAUUAUGACACCAGGGUUUUGUUGAGAUUUCCUCAGAGGGUGAAGAACCAGGGAACAGCCGACUUCCUGCCCAGCAAACCUCGAUACGCCUGGGAGUGGCACAGCUGUCACAAUCAUUUCCACAGCAUGGAUGAGUUCAGCCUGUACGAACUGCUGGAUGUCCAGACUCAGAGGCAGGUAGCCGAAGGUCACAAGGCCAGCUUCUGCCUGGAGGACACUUCCUGUGACCCGGGAUACUACCGCCGCUACGCCUGCACCUCACACACUCAGGGUUUGAGUCCAGGUUGCUAUGACACCUACAACGCUGACAUCGACUGUCAGUGGAUCGACAUCACCGACGUUUCUCCUGGAAAAUACAUCCUCAAGGUGACGGUGAACCCGAGGCAGCAGGUUCCAGAGUCCAACUUCAACAACAACGUGGUUCGCUGUGACGUCCAGUACACUGGCACCGCCGCUCAUGUCUCUGGAUGCACCAUGACAUCUUACUGAGAUGAAUUCUGCAACAUGAGCCUGAAACCCAAACGGAUGAAUCUACAGAACAGUGAAGCUUUAUGUUACAUCCCACUUUAAUAACUCAAUUUUAACCAGAUUAAAGAAAAAAAUAUUAUUAAAACAC